AUUGCGUUGGCCAAUAAUAUUCGUUUUUAUUCCUAGGUCUGAAAGCCCGGCGUUUCUAGGACAACGACUCGCAAACAAAUGAGCGUGGUGUUUCCUACUUUGUUUGGUUAGAAACAAAACCAUUUAUAUCGCGAAGUCGACGGAGCUGAUCCAAAACCUCCAGGACACCUGAGUAAUGUCUUUCAUGAGCCAGCAGCGCAACAUCUCUCACAACCACCAUCAGAAGAUGAUGCUGGAUGACCGCAAACAGGAGGAAAUGCGUGAAGAUCAAACCAAACGCAUCGCCAAAGAGCGGCAGCUGCAAGCCAACAUCCAGUGCGAAGAGAGAGUCGAGAAAAAGCGCUUCCUGCGCAAACUGCAAGAUGAAGAGUAUGGCAAACAAAUCGAGGAAUCACUUCUUAAGGCAGAAGAGGACAGACAGUUCAGAGAGAGGCAGCUUGAACAGGAAGAGAGGAUGGCCAAGGAGCUGGCCAGAAUUAAUAAUGAGAAACUCCGAGAUGAGAAGAUGAGGCAGUACAUCAAAGAGAACAGCAUUGAGCUUCGAGAGCUUGAGUUAAAGCUCAAGUCUGCCUACAUGAACAGAGAGCGGGCAGCACAGAUGGCAGAAAAGGAAGCCAUGCGAUAUGAGACAAUGCGACAAGAGGCUGCUAUUGCCCGUAAGAUGAAGGACGAGCACAAGAGUGCAGAGAUGGAGAAGGAGAAGCAGGAGCAGAAGAAGUAUGAGGAAGUGGUGCGUUACCAGCAAGAACUUGAGCAGCAGCUUGAGGAGAAGGAGCACAAGAGACAGGAAGCCUAUGAAGAGUUUCUUAAAGAGAAACUCAUGGUGGACGAAAUAGUGCGGAAGAUCUAUGAGGAGGAUCAGAGGGAGCUUCAGUUACGACUCGAGAAAGUGGUGGCCACCCAGAGAUAUAUUGAAGAUUUUAAAAAGCAGCAAGCGGAGUGGAGACAUAUAGAGCGAGAAAAGGUGGAGGCGGAGAACAGGCGCAUCAUUGAGUUUGCCCACUACCAGCAAAGGAAGGAGGAGGACAGGAUGGUCAAAGUUAGAGAGCAAGAACAGGCGAAAGAAACCCUCCACAAAAUGCUCUCGGAGCAGAUCGAGAUGGAAAAAAGAGAGCGUGAGAAUAUGGAGCGCGUCCGUGAGGAACUUCAUUUGGAAGAGCAGGCCGAGGCUGCAAGACGACAGGAAAUUGAAGAGAUGGAGAAGAGGAUCCGGCAGCGGCUUGAGCUACAGCAGACGUGUCAGGAGAUGAUGGCCUUCAAGCAGUUGCGCAUACAAGCUGAGAAAGAGGAAGAGGAGGCCUUUAGACAGAUGAUGAUGGCCAAGUUUGCAGAGGAUGACCGCAUUGAGCAGAUGAAUGCCCAGAAGCGUCGUAUGAAACAGUUGGAACACAAACGGGCUGUGGAGAAGCUGCUGGAAGAAAGGAGACAGCAGUAUCUGGCUGAACAAGAGAGGGAGGAAGAGGAGCGAGCUAUGGAGAAGGAGAGAGAGGCUCAACGACGAAAGAUCAUUGAAGAGGAGAGACAGAGGCUCCUAAAACAGCAUGCGACGAAACUGUUGGGAUACCUACCAAAGGGUAUUUUCAAAGAAGAUGACCUAGAGCACUUUGAUGAGGAUUUCAAAAACAGUUUCAAACAACGCCAGGCUGAUAUUUUCUCAGAUGAGGGUUGGGGAGACGAGUCGCAGUAGGGUAAUUCCUGUCAUGACCACCAACAUGGCGCUCUUUUUAAAUGCAAUCUGUUAAUGCUGGUAUGCUUAACAGUGCAUUAUGAACUGUUAGGUGCAUCUGCCACUUUCACAAACAAUUGAACAAAUUUCAUACGUGAUACAAAUUUAACUUUAUCUUAAAUACAUUUAAAUACAGUAUAUUCAAACUAGUUGUAUGGUGUGUUACUUUAUAAAUGUUAAUAGUAUAGAACCUCUUUCCUGAGCUGUUAAAAGGUAAAUUUCACUUUUUGUAGAACUCUAAAUGAAUUCACCAAAUGUUCACCAUUUGUAGACAAGACUUGGUUAGCCUUCAUCACACAAGCAUUUUCUUUCCUCUUGAGUGAUUUCGUUGCUUCCUAAGAAAGAACUGGAUAUGGUUGCCAGGCAGUAUAUCAUACGAGCAAGAAUUUAAUCAAAUGUGACUGCUCAUGUACAGUCAAGUCUGUCAGUGUCUCAACAGCUGUCAGUCAUUCUGUUCAGUUAGUCCAUUGCAUUGGUCUGGCUGCUGUCAUGGCUGUACAGUUCUUCCAUCUAAGUGUUUACUGUCAUCUAUACCUGCACUAU